AUGUCUUCAGCUUCACAGGUGGAAUCGGACUCGUCCUCCAGGGGGACCUUUGUUAUUCACUACUUCGCGACCGCGUCCCAAUACACCUCCAAAGACACUGAGCGUCUCCCCGCACCCCUGCCAUUAUCUGGGCUUUUCGCGCAGCUGGAGGAGCGAUACCCUGGGAUCCGUGCGAAGGUGCUAGGCAGCUGUGGCAUUAGUCUUGAGGGUGAAUACAUCGAUGUUGAGGAGGAUGCGCACAAAGUGAUUCAGGCAGGGGAGGAGGUUGCUAUUAUCCCGCCUGUCAGCUCCGGGUAG